AUGACAGUUUCCACUGGAGCCGUCAAAUACCUGAAAUCCAUUUCAUCCGUGCGGGAAACAACCUCACAAGUAUUCCAGUAUGCACAGGAGCGCGGGGAGGCCAAUUACUUCAAAUUGAAUCUUGCCAAAAUGGGCUCGGUGGUCGAUUUUUUGAGUGAGAUCAUUGCCCGUGAUUACGGGACCGACUACGCGGCGAUUCCGCCACAUGGACGGUGGCAACAUCUCAAUUGUGGCGGUGUUCAGCGUGUAGAGGCGUUGAUAGCCCGUUGGAGCGCAUCAGGUGUCGACGAAGUCGAAAUCGCACGCAAAUUGAUCGAUUUGUUCGUGUUCAGCGUUCUUGUCGAUGCAGGAGCAGGAAACGUGUGGAAAUUCACAGCAGCAGGCGCAGAGCCCAUUGGGCGUUCCGAGGGGCUUGCAGUGGCGUCGUACGCACUUUUUGAUGCCGGGGCGCUUUCCAGUGAUGCCAGUGACCCUCACAAAGUGAACGGGGCGCGUCUGAGCGCGUUCACGCAGCCAGAAUUCGACCAAGGUUUCCAAAUCUCGGAUACGAACCCCAUGAACGGGUCUGAGGGCCGGCGCAGCCUGAUCCAGCGGCUGGGCCGCGCAUUGGAAUCCAACGUCGCCAUUUUCGGGCCCGAGGCGCGGCCCGGAGCGAUUGUCGACUAUUUGUACGGUAAGAGCGUCGUGGAGGCCGCUGGCCGCACCAUAGACUUGAACGAUCUCUGGGACGCACUCAUGGACGGGUUAACCAGUAUCUGGCCAGCUACGCGCACCACGGUCGAUGGCGAAUCUCUGGGCGAUGCGUGGAGACUAGACACCAAAGCAGACGCAUACGCGGCUCUGCGCGCAAGUGACGCAGUGCCUGCUGUCGCUCCGGAAGUUGCGGACAUCGUCACGUUCCACAAGCUCACGCAAUGGUUAUGCUACUCUCUGUUGGUGCCGCUCGAAUCCUACGGCCACAAGUUCCUCGUCCGCAACAAGCAGCUCCAAACCGGACUGCCCGAAUACAGAAACGGUGGUUUGUUCUACGAUUUCGGCGUACUCGAGCUCAACCCCGCUGCGCGUGCACGCGGCCUCGAACUCUCUGCGAGCCUCAGCUCCGCGCCCCAGGGCUCUAAGCCCGAAAUCCCAACCUUCGCGCCCGAUGACGGUGUCAUUGUCGAGUGGCGCUGUCUAACGAUUGGCCUACUCGACUACUUACUACCACUUCUGAACAAGAAACUCAACUACACACUUGCGCUUCCACAGCUCAUCGAGGCCGGCUCCUGGAAAGCUGGCCGUGAGAUCGCUGCGAAGUUAAGACCUUCGACAGGUGGACCGCCUAUCGAGCUACACAGUGACGGAACCGUCUUUUAA